AUGUCAAUCAAGAGAGCUUUAUCGAAGGCCAUUCGAGGUCAUACUGGAGACAAUGAUGAUUCUUCAGGCUCUGGCAUUCGAUCAACUUUAUCCCCAGCUAAACCACGAUCCUCGCUCUCCCGAGAACCCGGUUCCCCUAGCUCCCCUCGUCGCAGCAUCCUGGGCAACUUUUUCCGCGAUCGGGAUUAUGUUUCCUCAUCAGAGGACUUUUCCGAUGAUUCCUCUUCAGGAACUCUCAGUAAAAACCAACAGAAACGCCUAGUUCGCGAACAACGCCGCAAUGAGCGCAGUCGGCUCAGCGAGGAGGCCUUCUCUGAAUCCGAUCACCGCCGCAAGGAGGAAGAGAUCGCAAAGGCCGCUGCAGAGGAGACUGCGGAUAUGAAAGCUCGUUAUGGCGAUUUGCCUCUGAUGCAGUCGCAAAAUCGACUUCGGGAAACACGCACGGUCCUCGAUGGUAUUACUGUGGAUAUGGUCGGAGAAGAGGUCUAUUUCACGGCUCGACUACAUGUUGUACGCCGUAUGAGUGCCAAGUUGGUCUUCUUGGUGUUCCGCCAGCAACUCGCCACCUUCCAGGGUGUUCUGCAUGAGCGGGCGGGUAUCUCCUCUAUUGCUAUGGUCCAAUGGGCAGAACACCUGCGCGUAGGAUCCUUUGUCCGGGUUCGUGGCAAGGUUCAGAAGCCUGAUGUACCUGUUCUUGGCUGUAGUAUUCACGAUGUUGAGCUGUCAAUUGAAGCUAUUCAUCUGCUGGUUAAGCGCGAGGAGCCAGUGCCUUUCAGCGUUUAUGAGGCGGAGAUCCGCACGAAUGAGGAGGACAAGAUUGAGGGUCGCCGCAGCCAUAUUCCCGACCGAACUCGACUGAGCAAUCGCCUGCUCGAUUUACGCACAGCAACAUCUCAGGGCAUCUUCCGUCUCCAAUCGGCCACCUGUAACCUCUUCCGGACUGCCCUAGAUGAGCGAGGCUUCAUCGAGAUUCACACUCCCAAGCUUCAGGGUGCUGCUACCGAGUCUGGUGCCAGUGUCUUCCAGGUUAACUACUUUGGUCGUCCCGCAUUCUUGGCCCAAUCACCCCAGCUGGCUAAGCAGAUGGCCAUCGCGGCUGACUUUGGUCGUGUCUAUGAAAUUGGAGCGGUUUUCCGUGCAGAGAACUCUAAUACUCACCGUCACUUGACUGAGUACACGGGUCUCGAUAUUGAAAUGGCAAUUGAAGAGCAUUACCAUGAGAUGCUUGAAACAAUCGAUGCGACCAUUAAAAACAUUCUGCAGGGAGUCUACUCUAAAUACCGCCGAGAGAUUGAUCUCGUCAAACACCAGUUCCCUUGUGAGGAUGUGAAAUGGUUGGAGCAGACGCCUAUCAUUCGCUUUGCCGAUGGUAUCAAGAUGCUUAAUGACUCUGGGUGGCGCAGCGAGGAUGGAAAUGAACUCCCCUUGGAUGAGGAUCUGGCCACCCGAGAUGAGAUUCGCUUGGGUCAGCUUGUCAAGGAAAAAUAUGACACUGACUACUACAUUCUGGACAAGUUCCCUCGUGGUGCUCGUCCCUUUUACACAAUGCCGGACCCGGAGGAUGAUCGAUUCACUAAUUCUUUCGAUAUGUUUGUCCGCGGUCAGGAGAUCGUGUCUGGUGGCCAGCGUAUCCACGACGCUAAUAUGCUUGAGGCGAAUAUGCGCACCUCCGGCAUCAAUCCGGAUGACAUGGAAGAGUAUCUAGAGGCAUUCCGAUGGGGCGCUCCGCCUCACGCCGGUGCGGGUGUUGGUCUUGAGCGUCUUUUGAUGCUUCUUCUCCAGGUGGGCAACAUCCGUCUCACCUCCCUCUUCUACCGUGACCCAAAGAGUCUCCCCGCAAAGCCUCCCGUACAGCAGCUUCGUCACCCAGAUGCCUCUACCACUGAGCCAGUCUGGCUCCGAGAACACCACCGCCGUAUUGCUAUGAACAACGAGGAACUGCCAGCUCUGGAGAAGAUUGUUGCGAACUACGGUGACGCAACAUCCACAUCUUGGUUCGAUGAACGAUACAAGAUCUGGCGUGACAUGAGCACCGGUGCUGCAGUCGCCUAUGUUCCCAGCACCAGCAACUAUGUGAUCAUCCCUGGUAACCCGGCAUGCGACCCCAGCCAAUACUCUCGAACUAUCACCCAGUUCCUGCAGUGGCUGCGUCGUGACACCAAAUACAAGCCUAUCUGGAUCCUCUGCUCUCCCGAGAUCGAGACCAUCCUCGGUGAGCGGUUAGGAUGGCGCAGUCUGUCCUGCAUUGCUGAGGAGCGCGUGGAUCCUUCUCGGAACCAAGCUGCAUCUGACGGUGAACUAGCCCGCAAGCUGCGUCAUGCCGAGACUGAGGGUAUCAAGGUGACUGGUUACAGCCAGGGUGAAUUGCCAGAUGAAGAGAUUCGCAAUAAGAUUGAUGCGCGAAUUAAGGAAUGGCUCUCGAACCGCAAGGGCACACAAGUCCACUUGUCAGAGAUCCACCCUUGGUGCGAUUCAGAGCACCGUUGGUACUUUUACGCCGUGGACAAGAGUGAUAAAAUCUGUGCUUUUGUUGCUCUGGCCAUGCUCUCUCCUGCCCAUGGCAUGCAGGUCAAGUACAGCCUGGACUUCCCCGGAGCUCCAAACGGUGUCAUCGAAUCCAUUGUUACCCAUGCCAUCCAAACUGCCGCCAAGGCCGGUGUCAAGGGUCUCACCUUUGGUGCUGGCGCUACUACUCGACUUACUCCGGGUCACAACUUGCAUGGCACGAAGAUCAAGAUGCUGGAACACACUUAUGAGACUCUUGCUAAGCAGUUCCACCUUAUAAAGAAGAGUGAGUUCCGCGCUAAGCUUGGUGCCGUCGAGGAUCCUCUUUACAUUUCCUAUCCAGCACACGGUCUUGGAUCUAAGGGAGUUCGCGCCAUCUUGAAUUUCUUCGAAGAUUAA